GAGGAAGAGGAAGAGGAGGAAGCGCUUCCUCCCUGGGCGCAACAGCUCAGCAGCAGCGAGAAGUGGCGGUUCCAGCUUGCACGAGCGUUUGUGCAUGACCCUCAUGUCCUGUUGGUUCAUCGUCCUGCGGAUGAGCUGGAUCCGCAAAUGCAGGAGAAAGUUCUGAGCUGCUUCCGUGACUUCGUUGACCGCAGGGGCCUGGAGAUCAAUGAGGAGAUCGGAAGUCAUCUGCCGCCGGACAGACGGCGGCCACGCACU